AAAACAGUCAUGGAUAGAGAUGAAGUAGGCACGAUUUCGAAGAAACGGAGGGUAGAUGGAAUAUACACCAAACCUUGAAGGUGAGGGUUCUAUUAAGGUCGUCGAAACUCAAUCUUCAGCGGCAAAAGUUUUGGACGACGUCGUCCACAGAUUGUACUCUAAGGGGUUGGUGAGUACGGAUAAUGUGGCGGCUGGAUUUGGGGUUGCCAUUUGUGAUCAGAUGGAUGAGUUGUUGUUUGAGAUGAAGGAAUCAGUGAGUGACGUUGAAGGAGUUAAGGUUAGGGCUUUGAUUCGUGGGUUAAGUGAAUCACUCGACUUAGGGAUCAGAAAGAUCGUGAUCUAUUGUGAUGACAAUGAGCUUUACCAAAACAUAACAAGUGGUAAAUGUAAACCUAAGCAGAUAAAAGUUGUCAAACAACUUAUAAAAGAAGUUCAACGCCUUAGGGAGAAAUUUGCUUCUAGCGAAGCAAUUCUGGUAGCCGAAAACGACAUUAAGUUUGCCUUUGAACUUGCAAGAGAAGCAAUUGUUUCUCAAACAACCAGUGCCGAUGAUGAUGGACAUGAUGGUGACAAUAAUGACGAUGAAGAUGAUAAUCCUUGGGCUUACGGUUGUGGUUGUGAUUGGUGUUUACCUGAUCCUCCCACUAAGCCCAAUUACGAUGCCGAUUACAUUGAAUUUUAUAGUCUUUAGUCUCUGUGUUUGGAUUAAUACAUAGAUUUCAAAGUUGUUUUGAAUUUUCUUUCUUUGGAUUUUCUAUAUUGUUAUUCGAUUAAUUUAAGUUUCAUUUUGCACAU